AUGGAAGCAAAAAUGAAAGCCAAAGACGAGGGCAAUGAUUUGGACGAUGCGACGUUCAUUAAUGGCCUCACUGGAUGCAGUCCCUCGAACUGGAUGGCUUCCUCCAUUACACCAGCAAGCCAACUGGCCCAUCUCUGUCACCACAUGGAGGCAAUCGACCAAAAGAAGAAAUUCUUUGUCGACAAGUGGGAGCGCAAAGAUGGUCAUGGUGGUGGAAUCUCCUGCGUUCUACAAGAUGGUGCGGUAUUUGAGAAAGCCGGUGUCAACAUCAGUGUGAUAUCAAGCGAACUUACAGAAGCAGCGCUUCAUCAAAUGCGCGAACGACUACAUUCCCUCAAAACCGACAAAAGGCUCAAAUUUGACGUCGUCGGCAUCAGUUCGGUCAACCACCCGGUAAGAACUUUAAUUAAAAGAUAUUCAUAUGAUCGCCGUGGUUGA